UACAAUAUCAAACACAUUCACAUAUCUGGCUACAAUUCCCAUGCUAAUGGCAUUGUUGAACAAAGUCACUGCACUGUCAGAGAAAGCCUGGUCUGCCUUUCAGGCACUGAAGUAAUAAAGUGGCCAAUCCUUGCACCUGUGGUAUUCUGGGCAGAGAGAAUAACAAUACAUUCCAUUGCCAGCUUAAGUCCUUAUUAUAUGGCUCAUGGGACACACCCAUUGAUGCCUCUCAACAUUGCUGAAUGUACCUUUUUGUCCCCACCAACUGAAACAACACUCUCCACUGCAGAACUUCUU